AACAAUAAACAAAACAAACUGUCAACAAAAGCGAUAGCAAAUUUUUGCAUUCCGUCGGAAAAGUUUUUCGUGUUUCCGAUUAAAAAUUUGUGAUUGUUCUGCUCGCGAAAAGCAGUGCCACUCGAAAUCGCACCCCAUGUCACAAUGGCCCUGUCCAAUGUGCUCAUCCUAAGCCAGGUGGCUGGCCAUGUCAUCGGACUGAUCCUGUCGCUGUGCAUGUUCAUACCGCUGUCGGUUCACGUUCACUCUUUCAAUGGCCACUGUUUGCUGUUUGCUUCCGGAACAUGGCAGGAGAAGGACGGAUUGUUCGAUGUUAGGUGGCCUUCCGAUGGCUAUUGCAACUACCCGAUCCUGGUGGGAGUGGCACUGUUUGUCGUUGCCGGAUUGCAGAUUUAUCGGUUGGCCAUUCUGGUGUAUCGUGAACUGGAAAGUUCCUUUCUGGCGCUGUUCUUCGACGUGGUCUUCAGCAUCACUUUGUGCACCAUGACGAUCGUGGCUGCAAUCAUCAUUACCCUCGGAUUCAUGUCAUGGUGUGGUGAAAUGACCGAACGAUUCCCCUCGUGUGAGAUAGCCGACGGACAGAACAUCACCAACGUCGAGCUGAACAUUUCGACCUCGGGCUUCUACAUCGAAAUGGGCACGGCACAGUUCGGAGCUUGGGCAUCGUUCGCCACGUGGGUUGGACUGUCGGUGUUUGCCCUGCUGAAGCUGAUCAACAACCACCAGCUGAGAAACAUGAAGGUUUCGAUGUACAUCGAGCGCCAGCGGCUGUUCAACGAAGACGUGUACCGAGGAACGACUUCGGAACUGCCGAGCGCCAAUAUGGCUGGUUCUCCUGGUGAAAACCAGAACGAUUGAACAUGUUUGAUGUGACGUAGCCCUGCACGAUCUAAUCAAUUAAACUAUUGACAUUAUCAUACUUAGGGGAAGGUGAACAGCAGUAUGGACAACAAUUCUAUUGUGAUUUUCAAACGAAUGAUUUGCGGCAACCGUGGUCGAUUCUAUUUUAAAAACUAAAUAAUGUUAGUUUCUGCGCGGCAAUUUUGUUUUGCAUUCCCAUAUUGCAUCAAACCGUUUAAUCGAUCUGUUUACAACUGUGUUAUUGUAUUAAUUUAAGUGCUGUAGCUUAAAGCUCGAAUGAGAUUGAAGGACAGGAUCAUUCAAUAUUUCGGCAGUGAAAUAAACGAAAAUGUAUUCGCAUUAUUUAAUGCAUUAUGGAAA